GUGAACGUAUCUCAAACGGGAAGGCAGGCAAGGUCGGAGGAAACCAAGCAAAGCCGCAGUGUAGUGUUGACGUGCGAGGGAGGCGGUCGUGAUUCGAGACGGCGAGGCGACGACGCCACCGAGACUCGCUCGAUUCGUCGUCAUCUCCCCUCCCACGACGCAAGACACCCACCCACCAUUUCUCUUUUAUGCGUAUACAUAUAAAUAUUCAUCACACGCAUCUCUUCAGGAAACGUACGCCGACCUUUUUGUUCCUGCUCCUCCCUCGAUCCCUUCUGCAAACCCUCGUCCCUGUCCAUGGUUCCGAAUUCGAUCUCAUCGCCUACUCCCGCUGCUUCGAUCUGAUCUCUCCCCUCGCUCCUCUCCUUCUGCUGCUCCCCAUGUCGUCUUCCUCGUCGGCGGCGGCCGUUGCGAGGGUCUGCUUCAACUUCCAAUGCAAGGAGCCGCUGCCCGACCCGCCGCCCGCCAGGAGGAAGGGCUGGCGCCUCCGCUCCGGCGAGAUCGCCGAUCUCUGCGAGCGAUGCUCCUGCACAUUCGAGCAGGGUAAUUUCUGCGAAACGUAUCACUCCGAUGACGAGGGUUGGAGGAACUGCGAAACAUGCGGAAAGAGAAUGCACUGUGGAUGUAUCGUUUCAGUCACUACUUAUGUGCUUCUUGAUGCCGGCAGUAUUGAUUGUGUUGCAUGUGCAAGGAAGCCUUCUGUCAUGGCUCCUAACCAGAUGAUAUCAUCUCCUAUGCUUAUGCACCCGCAAGUAUCUGAGAGGAGGGAAUUUCCUGCUAAAAGCUGGAAACCUGUGAGUGGCCCGAUUUUUGGACAGUGGCGGCAAGCAUCACAUAUGUGGAAUAUGACAAGUGCACAGUCAGACUUACAACAACGGUUGUCAUAUGAAUUUGAUAGGCCAAAUACUAUAGAGAAACUUAGUUCUGGCGGGCGUUUCUCUGUUUUGGCUCAUGAGAAAAAAAUUGAAAAUAUAUCUGACAGACAAAUGACUAGCAGCCUUAGUAAUAUCAUAAGAGAAAGAUUUACCAAUGUGAAAGUAAGUUUAGAUGGAACCUCUAGUUUUGCUACGUUUCGAGAAAGCAAUACUGAUGGAAUACACGAUUGUCACCUUGUUGGAGAUAAUGGUCCUGUCACUGCAAGAAAAAAAGUGAAUGCAGAUUGUUCCACCAUCCCUCCUGGUGCCAACUUAGAAGUCCAUCCAAAUUCGUGCAUCAUCUCAUUGCCAUCAUCUAAUGUAAAAGAAGAACCUUCCUCCCUUAGCUUAGUUGCUUCUAUCCCAUCAGCGAAUGGCUCAAAGGAACAACAUAAAUUUUCAACAAAACAAUCACAGCCCCAAGCUGGCACUCCUUUAUCGAAGCAGUUUUAUCCUCAAAGUGUACACGAUGCUGAACGACAAACUCAAAUGCACAACGAAAAACCUCGAAUAGAUAGUCGGGUGCGACCUCAAUUACUUCCUCGAUAUUGGCCUAGAAUAACAGAUCAAGAGCUACAACAAAUAUCUGGAAACAGUUCAAAUGUUGUUAUUACUCCAUUGUUCGAGAAGAUGUUGAGUGCUAGUGACGCUGGUCGUAUUGGACGUCUGGUGCUGCCAAAAAAAUGUGCUGAGGCCUACUUCCCUGCAAUUUCUCAGCCUGAAGGGCUUCCACUGAAAGUUAAGGAUGCAAAUGGGAAGGACUGGGUGUUUCAAUUUCGUUUCUGGCCAAAUAAUAACAGUAGAAUGUAUGUUUUGGAGGGAGUUACACCUUGCAUUCAGGCAAUGCAAUUGCAAGCUGGUGACACAGUGACAUUCAGUCGCAUGGAUCCAGAAGGGACACUGAUUAUGGGAUUCAGGAAGGCAUCUGGUGCCUCUAAUGAACAGGACUUGCAAACACUUAAAUCUGGCAAUGGCUUUUCAGCACCUCCAGAGGUUGACUGCAAAGUCACUGCUAAAGAUCUCAAAGGCAGUAUAAAAACAAGGAACUUGGUCAGUACAGUAGAGCAGAGGAGCUGUUCUACGUUUGCAAAUGAUGGUCUGCUGCAAAAAGAUGGGCUAAGUGCUAGGUCGCCACAGGGCACCAGUAGAAGGAAAGGUGGCAAUCUUGGGUCCAAGAGUAAACGUCUAAGAAUUGACAAUGAAGACUCCAUGGAAUUGAAACUAACAUGGGAAGAGGCUCAGCAGUUGCUCCGCCCAUCUCCCAACUGUGUUCCUAGCAUUGUUUUGGUUGAAGGUCAUGAGUUUGAAGAGUAUGAGGAAGCACCAGUAUUUGGAAAGUGCACAUACGUUGCUGCUAAUCAAGCUGGUGAGAACUCUCAAUGGGCUCAAUGUGAAGAUUGCUCAAAAUGGCGCCGACUGCCUGUGGAUGCAUUCCUUCCAUUUAGAUGGACCUGUUCUAAGAAUACAUGGGAUCCUGAAAGGUCUUCAUGCUCAGCUGCUCAAGAGCUGAGUUUGGAGCAGUUGGCAGAAUUAAUCCCAUGUAAAACAGGUUCAUCUAAGAGAUCCAGAGUCAAAGCUGAAACAGACAUGGAAGUUUCAGAUGGGCUGGAUACACUUGCCAAUCUUGCCAUUCUUGGAGAAGGAGAAAAUCUCCCCCCUCCUCAGCAACCUACAACCAAGCAUCCACGGCAUAGACCUGGGUGCACAUGCAUUGUUUGUAUUCAGCCUCCAAGUGGCAAGGGCCCAAAGCACAUGCAGACUUGUACAUGCAAUGUAUGCCUCACCGUCAAGCGAAGGUUCAGGACACUCAUGCUAAGGCGCGAGAAGCGCCAGUCAGAGAAGGAAGCUGAAUCCUCAAUGAAGCAACAGAAACAACAUCCCAACCCAUCGCCGGAGAAAACCCAAGUAGGAAAUGAACAACAAACAAACACUCUAGUUGUGAAUAAUUCCCCUACCAAACCAAUUAUAAAUGAUGAGGGGCCUAGUGAUGAAGCACCUGAGAGCAGAAGAGUAUCACUAUCUCCUCUGAGAGCUCCUCAGAUUGAUCUAAACAUUCAACCUGAGCGGGAGGAAGAACCAUCGCCAAAAUUUGAGAAUGGCAACAUGAUGAGGCUUACACCUGAUGCGACAGCCUAAACAAGCACCUUCAGAUUUCAGAAGGGUUAACGAGAGGGUGAACAUUGAGUCUUAACAGAACCUGGUCAUUUUUGCAGAAGACUAGGUCCUGAUGGCACAGAUUUGCAGUGCAUAUAUAGCUACACACCUAUCCUAAAUCUAUUACCAGUAUAUACCUUCAAGAUGAGCCAGGAAGUUAUAUUCCAGCUCAGUGCCGGCGUGCAUUCCAUGUUGUGGUAAUAAUUGUUGGAAUAAAAUCUCACAAUUGCUUAGUCUUCGAUUUUUGUUUUUUGGGUUUCUUGUGGGGAGUGUGUGCUCGAGCAUUCGUAAUUUUUACUGCAACUAUUCCUAAGCAACAAGGGGAGUUAGCUGUUGUAAGAAGGCAAUAUUUUAUGCAGAUGUAGAAUUUAUACACAUUAAUAGUGGAACUUGUUACAACAACUACAAUGGCUUCAACAUUUGAGUUUAUU